AUGCUGCAUUCAUGCAGCAACAAAACGUCCAGCAGCAGCAGAUGCAGCGGCGCAGGCAGCAGGAGAAGUAGAAGCAAGAGCAGCAGAAGUAGAGGCAACACCAGCAGCACAUGCAACAGCAACAGGAACAGCAGCACAUGCAACAGCAACAGAAGCAGCCGCACUCUCAGCAACAGCACCAGCAUAUGCAGCAGAGACAGCAGCACAUGUAGCAGCAGCAGCAGCAGCAGCAGCAAGCGUAGGAGCAGGGGCAGCAGCUGCUGGUGUUGUGUCCCUUACAAUGUGUCUUUCACUGACAAACAAAGACUGGUGUGCACUAGGCCCUGUCAGCAGCAGCAGCUGCACCAGCUGCAGCAGCAGCAGCAGCAGCAGUUCUAG